UGCGCCUCUGCAUCUCCGCAUUCCCCUCCCCGCGUUUCACAACCUCCACUCGCCGCCUGCCAGGAGACGCUGGGGCGCUCCGUCGCCAAGGCCCUGCCGCGGAUUCCUGCGUUUUCCUUGCCGGACUGCGGGCAAGGAAAGAGAAAGGCGACGCAACGCGUGCCGAGUUAUGGGCAUUCCGCCACCACGAGGGACGCAGCCCGUGCAGCGCACGGCGAGCUGGUGCCAAGGACCAAUGCGCGCCGCGCACUCCGGCCACGUCGUAUCGUAGCGUCACCAGGCACGCUCUCGCGGAUUCAACGCCGGACUGCCGAGGCGGGAGCGAAGCCGCGCCGCAUUCACCCGCGUCGGGUGAUAAGCGCUGCUCUGCCGCACCGCGCUCCAUCCUGCCUGCCGCGACGCGUGCAAGCACCGCGAAGCUGCCCGUCACCACACUGACGGCUGCGCGCGUCGACGGGCUCAUGCGACGCCGCGACGCGCCCAGAGGCAGCGGCGGCCGUCGUGCCGCGAGCCGGGGCACAUAAGGCGUCCAGCCGCAUCCUUCCAAGCACGGCUCUAUGCAAGCACGGCUCUAUGCAAGCACGGCUCUAUGCAAGCACGGCUCUAUGCAAGCACGGCGCUGUCCAACUGGGGAGAGCACCUCACCUCCUGCAAGAACGCGCUCGGACUCGCCUCAACCUCAACCUCGUCAAACGAUCCGCUGGGACUCGCUGACCUCCACCCGCCUUUCACUUGCUCCUUUCCCUCCGCCCGCCGCAUUCCCUCGCCGCCAUGGCGCCGGCCCUUGCUCGCUCCGCUGCAAUGCGCGUGGCGCUGCUGCUCCUCGUCGCCGCGCUGCCACCCGCCCAGUCAGCGUGGCCGGCACCAACCAAUCCCAACAAGCGCGUGUCCCUCACGCGCCAUGCGCACGCGCAGCUCGUGCGGCGCCGCCAGCAGCAGCAGCAGCAUCGGCCUUCCGCCGCCGUCGUUCACGGCGGCCCUGACGGCGCCUCGUUCGCCUCGUCCGUCGGCUUCCCCCUCGUCCGCCCCUCGUCCGCCCCUCGUCCGCUGACGGCGCCACCACCGCCGCUGCUGGUGCUGCCAUACUGGCGAGCGGCGGGCCGAUCAAGUACCACGGGGACCCGGUGGUGCUGGGGUGCCAACUCCGGCAAGGACCUCAUCGACUCCUUCGUCACGGCGCUCAGCAGCGAGUCCGGCGCGCAGGGCGCGCAGGGGGAGGCGAGCGUGAAGGGGUGGUGGGCCAUCAGCGCGAGCUACUUCCAGUCCAGCGGCGGCGGCAGGAAGAACGUGAGCUCCAAGGUCCGCCUGGCGGGGACGGUGGCUGACAGCUACUCACGCGGCAAGCAGCUGUCUGACGAUGACGUGCUCGCCAUUGUGAAGAGCAAGGUGGGGGCGGGCAAGCCCUUCGCCCUGGACGCCCACGGCAUCUACGUGCUGCUCACCAGCGCGGACGUGACGCUCUCCUCAGGCUUCUGCUCGCAGUACUGCGGGUGGCACACGCAGGACUCCCUCAACUCCUCCCCCCUGCGCUACGCCUUUGUGGGCCACCACGGCCAGUGCCCCGACGCGUGCGGCGUGGAGAGCACGUCCCCGAACGGCAAGCCCGCCAUCGACGCCACCAUCUCCACGCUGGCGCACGAGAUCACGGAGGCUGCCACGGACCCCGACGUGAAUGCAGGGUGGUUCGACGCGCAGGGCGAGGAGAACGCGGACCUGUGCUCGUGGAGCUAUGGCAGCACCAAGACGGGCACCCAGCAGAGCGGGCAGACCUACCGCUACAACCUCGUGGGGCUCAACGGCCGUCGCUUCCUCGUGCAGCUUAACUGGGACCGUGCCCAGCAGAAGUGCGUCCUCCAGAACGCCCUCCCCAGCGACGGCAGUGGCGGCGGUGGGCCGACGCCUUCCCCUCCCCUUCCUCCCCCGACCGGGGGGAGCAUGAAGAUGAGCUGUCAGUGCACCUGCGCCAGCGCCAGCAACCCCAUGGACUGCCAGUGCUCCUGCACCAAGACCGCAUGACUAGGGGGGGACAAAGAGCGCCAUAUGGUUGAUGUGGGAGGUGGGGCGGGUGUGAAUUAGGAUCCUGGAACCUCUCCUUGUCCGUGCCUAUUUCCUCCUUACGUUUUUCCCUGUGUUGCUGCCAACCUUUCCAUAGGCGGCUUUUGUGGCUCCUGUGUUGCAGAAAGAGCU